AUGAGGGCGGUGCUGCUGCUGCUGCUGCCCGUGUGGAUGUGCUCAGGAGCGGGCAGACUCUCUGGCUGCUCCCGGUCCUCCUGGUGCUCUUCUCCGGAGGUGGCAGCGCGCUGUGGGGUGUUGAAGCGCUGUCAGAAGGGAAACUCCACAUGGCUGCCUCAGAGCCCAGAGCCGGUGAAGGUGGAAGUGUUCUACGAGACCCUCUGUCCCGAUUGCAUAGACUUCAUGACCCACAUGCUGUACCCGUCCUCUGUGCUCCUGCGGGACGUCCUGGACCUCACUGUGGUCCCCUAUGGCAACGCUAGGGAGAGUUUUGAUGGUCAGAGAUACAUCUUCAGCUGUCAGCACGGAGAGCAGGAGUGUCUGGGAAACAUGAUCCAGGCCUGUGUACUGAACAUGGUCCCAGCAGAAGCUUCCAUCAUCGUCUUCUGCAUGGAGGCGGCUGCAGACGUGGUGCAGGCGGCGCAGGCGUGUGUGGAGCUGUACGCGCCGCAGCUGCCCUGGGACAGACUGGCGGACUGUGUGAAGGGAGACCUGGGGAACCAGCUGAUGCAUGAGAACGCCAAGAAGACCAAGGCCCUGAGUCCUCCUCACACCUCUGUGCCCUGGGUCACUGUGGACGGGGUUCACACCGAGGAACUGCAGGAGAAAGCCCUGUCUUCUCUCGUUUCUCUGGUCUGCAGCAAAUACCAGGGCCCAAAACCUGCCGUCUGUGGAUGA